GAUAUAUCGACGGCCAGAACCUUGCGCUAGUAGGGAUCGUGACGUUUAUCGAAUCCAUGUCGGCUCUCUGCGUCCGAGGCACGUGUCACGCCAUCGUAUCUUAAUCGUAAAGCCUUUAAGCCACGUAAUCUCCUCGAUUAACCAUCGUCCAUUAUCCACCGCGGUUACGGUCUCAUUGAUCUGUGCGUGUUCUAUGGCAUCAACUAUCUGCAACGACUUAGCCGAGCGGAUAUAUCUAUCAAGCAUGACGCUGAAAUGGGGAUUGAAACUGAACUGAAGAGAAAACACGGAACGGUCUAAUCAAACACUAUAAAUUGUACGAAAUUUUGUCAAGUUAAAAAGUAAAGCGUAUUCGAGCUGAAGAUGUGCAGAAUUCGGAUUCUGCCAUUGACAUCGGGAGCAUCAAUCUGACCCAAAUUAGAUUUAAUCGAUGGAACAUAAUCCACUGCAACUGAUUUGAUGAAGUUGAUUUCGGUGAUGCGCAAUAGGUGACAUUCUGAUGGUAGCUUUGACCAGGAACGGAUACACCGACUGCCCAAAUGGCAAUCAUCAUAUGAGCUGGAAAUCAUGCACGAGGGACACAGGAAUUAUAGUAAUUAAUUACGACAGAGCCGCUGCAACGGACGCGAACAGAAUAUCAAUGGACACCAACUUCACCGUCUGGUCUAGUUUCCUAUCGAUUUUCAUAACGUUAAUAGAACGAUCAAACUUCUUAACACAAACUCUGAGUUGAGUUUUUAUAUUAAAAAAAAUCUUUUUAAAUCGAGGUAAGACGUUUUACUUAAUCAAUAAAAUUUUUUCACUUAAGAAUGAAAUUUGCGAGAAAGACUAACAAAUAUCGCUCAGUUAUGUUCACCAAUCGUUAGGCUUAAUCGUGACUCGUUCUAUUAAACUUGAAGAAAGAAUCUGCAUUUAUGAUUCCGUCUAUCAUUUAUCAUCGUUUUUAUUAUAACACUAAAAAUUCUUUUACUAACGCAGUUAGAUUUCUAGCAAUUACGACAAAAAUUUAUCGCUAUUUUUUGUAUCUGUUAGAAAAUUGUUUGUAGCCUGCAGAAAUUAUAGCAGCAACAUUCUAGUAAUAUCUUCUCAAGAGUUUAGGUUCCACGAUGAAAUAUUAAUCAUUCACUUUGGAUAAAAAUGAAUUUCGGUACCACAGCUAGAACAAUCUGUAAUAUUCGGCAGAAAUGUUUGACACGCUGGACAUCGAAAAUAGAAGUAACAGACAAACCUCGCGCAGUCAAAGUACGGAAAGCUUCACAAGCUUUACAAAGAGCGGAUGCAGCUAGCAUGUCAGCGCUAAGACACUUCAAUUACAAGGGUAAGAGAGCACAUGGACGGAUAUGUGCUGCGGCGUAUUUCGUGGCAUGCAUAUGUUGCAUAUCAACCGGAAUUGCGCGUCCGAGGGCGAGUCUCGCUCCACUGAGGCCCGUAACAUUCGUUAACAGCGAACGGGAGGAUAGAGACCACGGCUGCGUUGUAUAUCUUGGAGACGUAUAGAAGCAAUUACAAAAGCAGUGCGAGAAUAAUUACAUUGCGUGCAAUAAUUUCUAGUUUCGACGUUUUGCUUGGUCUAAUAUAAAAAAUGUACACGCUCUGUUUUUUGUCUCUUAUCUUCCGUUAUAUGACAAAGAGGCAAACCCCAUUUUAAUCAAACGCAAGUAUUUUUUCUUCAAAACAUGAUUAACAAAAAGAGAAAAUUCGAAGCAUUGUUGGAGUUAAAAUUUUGAAAUACCGCUUGUAAAAUUCGACGUUUUAUGACACAAAAGAGUUUAGAUUUGCUUUGCCUCAUCCUACUCGACGUUGUUGAAUAAUAUUGUAAUUUAUAGAUUGAGUAUAGACUUAACGAUGUGCAAAGGUGAAAUUAUUAAUAGCAGAAUAAUAAUGAUUUAGUAAUUAA